CGCACCCCUCUCCAGGAAGCCUCUCUCGCGGGGCACCUCCCCAUCGUGCGCGCUCUCCUGGCCGCGGGAGCAGACCCCAACACGCCGGGCGGCAACAACGGCGGGCUGACUGCCUUGUCGCUCGCGGCUCGCGCCGGCCAUCUCGCAAUCGUCGAGGUGUUGCUGCAGAGCGGGGCAGAUGUGAACCUCCCUGCGGCGCGAUACAUGGGGCGGACGGCGUUGCAGGCGGGUGCGGAGGGCGGGAGUCUGAAGGUGGUGGAGAGGUUGUUGGAGGUUGGGGCGGAGGUUAAU